UUAUAUAAGUAAGGUAGUUGUGCAUCUUUUUAUUCCAUCCAUGCAAUACAUUCUUAGUGUUAGUUGCCAUGGACAAACCAUCUCACAUAGCCAUUUUCCCAACUCCUGGAAUGGGUCAUCUCAUUCCACUUGUUCAGUUUGCUAAAAGGCUCAUAACCCUUCACAAUUUCACUGCAACUUUUAUCAUACCAACUGAUGGCCCUCUUUCUAAAGCUCAACAAAAAUUUCUUGACACGUUGCCUAAUGGUUUAGACUACGUUGUUCUUCCUCCCGCUAAUCUUGAUGAUUUACCCAAUGAUGUUGUGGUCGAAACACGAAUGUCAAAUAUCAUGUCGAGAUCAUUGCCUUCGCUUCGUGACACGUUUCAAUCCUUACAUGCAGCCAAGAAGUUGGUUAGCCUGGUUGUUGAUCUUUUUAGUACAGAUGCACUUGAUGUUGCUAUUGAAUUCAAGGUGUCACCUUAUCUUUUUUUCCCUUCGACUGCUAUGGCCUUGUCAUUGUUUCUCUAUCUGCCUAAGCUUGAUAAAAUGACUAGUUGUGAGUAUAGAGACUUGCCUGAGCCGGUUCAGAUUCCGGGGUGUAUUCCGGUCCAUGGGAGGGAUCUACCUGGCCCGGUUCAAGAUAGGAAGACUGAGGCUUAUAAGUGGGUGCUUCAUCAUGUGAAGAGGUAUAGUUUGGCUGAUGGAAUAAUGGUGAAUAGCUUCAUGGACUUGGAGGGAGGAGCUAUCAAAGCUUUACAAGAAUUGGGUAGACCACCGGUUUACCCGGUCGGACCGCUCAUUCAAAGGGAUCAUUCAACUACAGGUGCUGAUGGGUUGGAUUGUUUAAGGUGGUUGGAUGAUCAGCCUAGUGGCUCUGUCUUGUUUGUCUCAUUUGGCAGCGGGGGGACUCUGACGACUAAUCAGAUUACUGAGUUGGCCUUGGGAUUGGAAAUGAGUGGCCAAAGAUUCUUAUGGGUUCUUAGAAGUCCAAAUGAUGAAUCUGCCAACGCAGCUUUCUUUGAUAGCUAUAGUAAAAAAGACCCCCUUGAUUUCUUACCACAAGGUUUCAUUGACAGAACCAAAGGCCAUGGUCUCGUGGUGCCUGAUUGGGCUCCUCAAGCACAAAUACUUAGUCAUGGCUCAACUGGUGGCUUCUUGACUCACUGUGGCUGGAACUCGAUUCUUGAGACUGUGACGAAUGGCGUGCCUGUGAUUGCAUGGCCACUCUAUGCAGAGCAGAAGAUGAAUGCUGUAAUGCUGAAUGAAGAUCUUAAAGUUGCCCUGAGGCCACAAGUUGGGGAGAAUGGUAUGGUGGGAUGUGUUGAAAUCGCAAAGCUCGUCAAGGGUUUGAUUGAAGGAGAAGAAGGUAAGGGUCUUCGAGCCAGGAUGAGAGACCUGAAAGAUGCAGCCGUCAAGGUUCUUGGUGAAGACGGAUCAUCAACAAAAGCCAUGGCUCAAGUAGUUAGCAAAUGGUGUAUUUAAGAAACUACAUGAAACAUCUAGCCACAACAUAAACUGAAAGAAACUACACAGAAAUUUUAUGUUACAAGACUAUUAGUGACAUGGCAAUGCGUAAGAUUGAGCUAGAAGAAUUUGUGAAGGCAGCAGUAUCAGAGAAAAAAUCGGUUUUAAGACUGUUUGAUACUGCGCGCCUAUGACUUCGUUUCUCAGGAAAUUCGCGCGGCAGAAGAUCCUGAUGAUUAAUCACCUGCUUCUCAUGUUCCGUGAAUAGCUGGGACAUUGAGGAAUAUCCAGAGGCUUUUCGGGAAACUCAUUUGUCAUUGUUGAGACCUGACGGGCAUCCAGGACCUUGCAGAAGUCCGCAUCCGUUUUCGAUAAUUCUGAUAGGAUCUGGUUGUUGGAAUAAUAUUGAAUAAAUUUUAUAUUAUUAUUUUUGAUUAUGUAACUUUU